AUGUAUCCUAACAUCUCAUAUGCGCUUCUGUCGGCGGCGCUCAUCGUGUUAAGUGCGGUGCAUCUCAUCCUGCUUACUGUUCACCGCCCCCAGCCUGACCGUUUGUCUGAGACAUCAAUCUUCGUUCUCUUUAUCUGCGUCAAUGCUGUUGUCAUUGGCAUUGGUCUAUCAGGCUUAAGGCGCGGGGAUACGCCAGCAUUCUACUAUCCCUUGGGAAUAUGUACAGCAUUCCCGCUAGCCCUUGAGAUGAUUCGGCAGACCAAAAUCCAGGCUGGACCUCUCACGAACGCCCUGCUGCAUCGAUUAUUUCUAGGAUAUGGUUUUCUGUCCCCGACGGUAAAGCUCGGGUUGAUCUUAUGCUCGGUCGCCUACGAGGCGUCGGUGAAAGGUACAGCUGUGGUCGUGUCUAUCGACUACACAGUACUUGUGAUUGCCGGUCUGCUUUUUUGGCGCGGAAUUCGCGGUAUACCAUCUCAGGGCCCCGUAAUCCGUGAAGUUACAAUCCAUGCAUUUCUUGUUAUCGUAACGGCAGGGUUUGCCGCAGGCAGACUCGUCCACGACUGGCCCCUCUGGAUUGAAGCGAUGUUGAUCAUCACUAUUGUGCCGUUACCGAACUCCCCAGACGACACAUCCAAUCUAGGCCAGCUCAGCCCCCACCAAGAAAAUCGUUCUGCUCGCCUCCCUUUCAUUCUAAGCCGCGAUAGGGCCAUGGUGAUAAAGAGCGUAAUGGGUUUUGGCACCGGGGCCACAUCAAUGACCAAGGAAAGCUAUACACAACUAGACGAGGUUCGGACGGCUCGCCAUGGAUCAGCACAUCCGAAAAUUAGGGCGGUGGUCUCAAUUUACUAUCCGGACCAGCCGACCUUGGAGACGGGCAUAUUUACUGUAUUAUGCGAGGGGUCUGAGGGGGACUAUCGGCGGGACCUGCGAUAUAAUGAAUUGACUGCUUGUAGCGACGGGGAAGCUGCGCUUCAAUCGUACCGGCUAGGUUUCAUUUCCAUUCUUGCCUUCAUCCUUGCUGUGGAAAGGCAUACUGGGAAACUUGUCGGCUGGAUGCUUCUACUUCACAAAAUAGGCGAACCCUUGAGUACACAAACAGUUACUUUAGGCACGGCAGCAAGCAAAGUGAUUCUGGUUUUUAGAGAGAUGGAUUUGACCUCGGACCGGCAAUUACGGAAAAGAGCAAGCACCCAAGCGAUGCGAGAAAAUGCAGAACCCAAUAAAAGAACCGACAGAUCUCAGGAUCAAGAUGACGACCAAACCACGGCCCAUGAUCUAUUAAACAAAAUACGGGGAAAAACCCAAACCAAGGAAGGAUAUGUUCAAAAAACAGUUCGCCAACGUCUGAGACUCUACUGCUGCAGAUGUGAGAAGGAUGUUAGCGGUGGGGGGGAAUGUCGACGAUGUGGCCAUUCAUGUGCAUCGUGUCCGGAGUGCUUGCACGAAAGGAGACUGCGUAGGGAAAGAUCUGUUGACCCAUCACACGAACCGAACCAAGUGAAUAGCUGUCAUGAUGCUCAGACAAACCUCCAAACAAGCACAGUCCCGGCGAUCUGUCUUAGCCAAGCUAUCGACAGUGAUGGGGAUGCGCUCUCUAUAAGAAUAGCCAUGUUCGUCCACACUCAUCUAGCAAAAUACAAUACGUUAUCCACGGGAGCCUCACAGGGCCACGAAGAAGAGUACCAAGGCUUCCACAAAGAGCAUAGCAUAUCAUCAGCUUCAAGUUGCCUUUCCAUCAUGGAAUCUCUUGAUAGCGCGUUACCCCAAGCGAGACAGGAUAUUGAACAAAAUAAUACCGACCUGGAUGAUCUCUAUCGCGCGUUACUCCAAACGAGAUGGGAUAUUGAAGCCACCUUGGAAGAACCUCUUCGACACCUUAGCGACGCCGAGACAAUUGGUGAUAUACGAAAAUAUCUGAAAGAAUUUUCCAUAGCAUUCCGCAAGCUUUCUUCGUUGUUUGAAAGGCUGCCCGGUUUUACGUCGUGCGCUUUGGGUAUGGAUGUAGCAACAGGGAAAUCGGAUGGGCUUAGAUGGCAUAUAACCGCUCUCUGGGAAGACUAUGGACAUAUACAGCAGAUCAUGUAUACGUGCUCAUUAUGUCAUCAAUUGCAAGAUGCUAAGCUUCGUCAAGGGGUAGAGAACCUAAAGGAAAAGAUGCUUGAUUUACAAGUUGUUUGUGAAGAAAGGAAGGAGCAACUGGAGGCAGACCUGUUGGAGGAAGACCUGUUCCAUAGUGCAUAUUAA